AACAGAAUUUGGCAACUUAUUUCAACAGGAAGGCUCUGUUUGGUAAUUUGACAGAAGUUAAACAUAUAUUUAUCAUUCCAGAUAUUGUGAGUGCAUGUAAUGACCCUGAUGGCGUUUGGCUGAAGUCUAUUAACAGUGACAAACAAAAGAACAUAGUAGCUCAUAAUGUUCUUGAACAACCGAUAGAGUUGGAAAAACCAGACAAUGAUGUUCUGCCAAAAAUAAUAAAAUCUGUGGCAAACGAUAAACAGGUUUUUGCAUGCUCAGCCUGCAACUUCAAAACGGAGAAAAUGUGGACAGCAUACAGACACAAACAUACCCACUCUAAAAGAUAUGUGUGUCAUAAUUGUGGAAAAUGGUU